AUGCCGCCCGCGCCGCUUCCGCCUCCUCUCCGUCCUCUUCCGGUUCUCUUCACCAAUGGCAGCGCGGGGUUUCGAUCACGUGAGAGGAAGCGCCCGCUUGGCGCCGCUCUGGGCGGAACUCAGUGGCCCCGCCCCCGUUUUUCCCGCGCUGUGACGUCAUCGGAGCGCGCCGGGGAAGAAGCGGCGGCCAUGGCGGCGGUGGCGGCGCCGCGGCCUCCUCCGGCCGCGCCGCUGCUCGAGGCGCUCUCGGCGCUCUCGGCGCUGCCCCCGCACCGCGGGGCCCUCCCGGGGCUCGUCCGGGGCCUCCGCGACAGCGCCGGGACCCAGGCCGCCCUCGGGGGUCUCCUCGGCGUCACCAGCGCCCGCCUCGGCUCCAUGAAGACGCGCUUCGAGGGGCUGUGCCUGCUGUCCCUGCUGGUCAGCGAGAGCCCCAGCGAGGCCUUCCAGCAGCACUGCCUGGGCUGGCUCCGCCUCCUGCAGCACCUGCUCCAGGUGAGCCCACCUGGGACACGCCUGGGACU